AUGAGCCUCUCUGGGUGCUCCAUGAGAGAAACAGCUGAAGCAGCUGAAAGUCGUAUUCAAGAGCUGCUGCGCUUGAUUGAAAACACCGAAGAGAGGAAUGCGAGUGCCAGAGCUGCAGCCGAGCGCUGGAGGCAAAUUGCCCUCAACUUGUUGAUCGUUGGAGUGGUCCCUUUUUCAGCCACAACCGAAAACGGGACCUCUGCUGAUUGGGGAGAGCUUAUGCAAGUUUUGGCGGCGCAACAUCUGCAAGAGCAAGAAUCGUUGACAAUGAGUUUGUGCCAGCAAGUUGGCCAGAGUCAACGUACGCUGUGUUUGCGUGAAGAGUGUCAUGGUCUUGAAUCCCAUGAGGCUGCUGUGAGGGCAAGCAUCCAUUGCCAGCAACAGAAGCAAGAGCAGCUGUUGCGGGAAAGAAACACUUUUGAAACAUGGAGGAGAGCAACAGCAAGCAUCUCGACUCCAGCCCCCAAUGUCCAAGAAUCCCAAGAUGCUUUUCUGGAGGAAGUGCGGCAGCUAGAUUAUUUGAUUCAUGAUUUGCAGCGUGAGUCUGCAGGUUUGUGGGUUGAAGAGCGAAGGAGUGACUUGGAAGUCAGAUGCUUGGAGAAAGGCCUUGCGCUUCUUCAUGCAAAACUUGAUCGGUGUGAGGAACAACUUAAGAGCUAUCGUGGCCAGACCCAUGAUUUUGGAAGCUGGUUGAUGUCCCAACAACGCAAAAAUGCACUUCUGCGUGAUGAGAUUGCUGAAGUGGGAACCAUUUGCCACAAGUGGCGUCCGCACAAUCAAAAUGAGGGGCUGCGCUGA